AUGGGUUUUGAGGAAGAAGCCUCGACGGGGACGUCGGCAGAUCCCCUGCCGUUGCUGUCUCUCAACCACGUGUCGUUUACCUGCGAGAAUGUGGAGAGGUCCUGCGAGUUCUACCGUAGGGUUCUGGGAUUCGUCCUCGUGCGGAGGCCUUCUUCCUUCGACUUCCGGGGAGCGUGGUGAGCUUUCUCGUCGAAUUCAUUUAGACAGAGAGAGAGAGAGGGAGAGAGAGUGAGAGCGAGAGAAAGAGAGCGAGAGAGAGAGAGAGAGAGAGAGAGAGAGAGAGAAGCAUGAGGGACUGUGGCAAGAACCCAGAUAGAAAGAUUAGAGAGAGAGAGGAGCGUAAGGGACAGUGGCAAGAACACAGAUAAAAAGAUGAGAGAGAGAGAGAAAGAGAGAUCUUCCCAUGCACGUUGAAAACAUCUCCAUCACCAACUCUUUCUCUUCACGCAGGCUGUUCAACUACGGGAUCGGGAUCCACUUGAUAGAGCGCAGCUCCUCGCCAGACGCGCCGGCGAAGCCUUCCCUGAUCGACCCGAAGGCCAACCACAUCUCAUUCCAGGUUCCCAUCUGUCUCCAAUAUCUAUCUCUUCUUCCUGCUGAAUCCCAUAUCUCCGACUGCCGGCAGCUCACGAACAGGGCCGGUGACCGCAGUGUACGGACGUCAAGCUGGUGAGGACCAAGUUGGAGGAGAUGAGCAUCGACCACGUGGUGGCGGCGGUGUCAGCGGAGGAUGGUGUCGAGGUCGGGCAGCUCUUCUUCCAUGACCCCGACGGGAACAUGGUGGAGAUCUGCGACUGCCAGAAGUUGCCCGUGCUGCCCGUCUCGCCGCCAGCCUCCCCGAUGGGGCUUCAUCUCGUUGGCAAUGGAAGCGGCGCCGCCACCGUCAGCUCUUCCUUCUGCCGCCGGGCAUCUCUGGCCCCACCAUUAUAUAGAUGGCAUCUUCUCAAGAAACACGUCAUGAAGAACGUUAUUCUCCAAUAA